AUGAGAGGCCUGAUUCUACUGCUUGUCACGGCGGUGGCCUGUAGAGCCGCGUACGUCGAUUCGCCCCCGUACGGGAAUCCCCUGGUUCACCAGCACGUCGGACCGACCUACGCGCCGCCCGCUCCGGUCGGCCAGGACGGCAACGUCAUCGACACGCCGGAAGUGGCGCAGGCGAAGGCCGCGCACUUCGCCGAAUUCGCGAAGGCGGCCGCCCGCGCGGCCCAGGACGAGAAGAACCGGCAGCACUUGGGCUACAAUCCGCAGAUCUCGUCGCCGGAGUACAGCUACCCGGCCGUACAGCCGACCGCGGCGCCGUAUCUGCGACAGGCGAGCUACCAGCAGCCCACUCCGAUCUAUCAGACGGCCAAUCACGUGCCGGCGCCCAUCUACGCCCCGGUGCAGCCCCAUUAUCAGCAACCCCAUCAGCAGUACGACGCACGGGCCAACUACGUGGGCCAGAAGGGCUACGCGCUGCCGGCGAAGACCACCACCUUCGUGCCGGCGCCGCUGGCCGAGGACGGGACGGUCCUGGACACGCCGGAAGUGGCCGCCCUGAAGGCGGCCAGACUGGCCGAGCUCGCCGAGGCGGAGGCCCGGGCUUACAAGCACGCGAGCGAGCAUCCGAACGACGGGCAGAAUCAAGAUUAUUCCGGAUCGCCAGCCGGCCCCGCUCCCAUCAACUUCAAUCCCAAUCCGGGACACUAUGGACCCGCUUCGCGGGCAUUCCCAGGAUCGCCAUUCCCGGGGACACAGCCUUUCGCCACGCAGCAAGUGUACAAUCAGCCGUCGGGUUUCCAGCCUCAUCAUUACCCGCCCCAGCUGAUAGGAGCCUACUGAACCUAGCGGUCGAUCGACAUGUUCCGGUGCCUGUACAUACUCUAGAUGAAUAAAUUUUUUUCCUAUCCUUACGAAUUUAUCAUGUUUCUCGCGACGCUCAUCGCAGAUCAAUCAUCGCUUGUACGUCUCCUUCUUUGGAUACUUCGAAGAUUGUGAUGUAUAAAGACUGCCGGGAGAAAAAUUAAUGAAAGAACGAACCCUAUUCUUCAUCUUAGAUGCUCACAUCUCCCCCUUUUUUCUCAAUUUGUUACCAACAGAAAAUAAUUAUUGCACAAUCAAUAACUACCUGUUUCAAUUAGAUUAAAUUCUAUAUCUAUUCUAUAUAUCUUAAAUUAAAAACGAGAGGUACAAGUUAGUUAUUCUUAUUGUAAAUUAAUGAGCGUAUUAUGUACAAAAUAUUUUGCAAUUUACAUGAUUACAAAAUAAUACGACGACCAAUAAUCUAACUCGUCGUCGUGAAACGUCGAAUAGGCAAUUAAGUUUUAAUAAAGUUCUAUUCAUGUGCUGGCCUACUUCUCGAUCCUGCGUUGCGCCUAGCGUGAUUUAAAUACGGCUGAAACGGUUUUUUUUAUCCCUGUUAAAUCGUACGAAUGUUAAUUCGAGAAUCUAAAGAUGCAACGAACGCGCAUGCAAAUGUUUAAUUAACUAACGUCUGCGAAAUUAGAAGCUUGUUGUGUACCACCUUCUUAUGUAUUCUCUAACACUCUGUGUAUCAAUACUCUGUAUAUUAGCAUUAAAUUUAGAUUAAGAUAAAUAAUUAA